AUACGUAAAUUGCACGAAGUUUAUGAAUAAAAGCAAAGAUGCCGUAUGCAGUUAAGGCUGCAGCGGGAUUUUCUGCAGGAGCUGAGAGUCUGUGCUGACCCUCGGGGAAGACUUGAAAACACGAGUGCUGAAAGGUAUCAAGGGCAAUUUUCCUUUUAUUUUCGUUAGGAUUUGACUAUGGCAGUGCAGUUCCUGCGGACGGCAUCUGUGUGGUUAAAGAAGCGCAAGAUCACUUUGUUGGCCGUUUCUUGCAUGGGACUCUUUGGCGCUAACCUUUCCUAUCAUGUGUUUCCUGAGCAGACAUUCAAACUGUUGCACGAGUGCUGGUCAGAGGGGCAGCCAGCUGAGCUUUCACAGAAGCUCUGUGGUGUCUUUCAAGAUGUCCUUCAAGAUACUGAUGUGAAGUCCACUGACUCCUAUCGAGCCUUUGCAGCUUCUGGCUUCCACCCUGUGAGUGCUGGAAUCCCCUGGCUGCCUGCAGGCUCUUUGGUGGGCAUCCCGCCUAAUUUUGAUAGCACAGCUGGGGAUAAAAAAGGAAUAGUCAACCAUGUUGUUGUGAUCAAUGGCAAGGAAGUAGACUGGGAGAGCAACGAAGGUGUUGCUUUGAAAGAAGCUCUGACAUUUUCACUUGAAGCUCAGAAGUUUGCCAUUGCCAGAGAAGUUGUGUAUUUGCAGAAUGGCAGUCCUUUAGCAAGUGCAGCCGUGGCUCCAACUUGCUUAGCUGGUACAUUUCUCUGUGGGAGAGGUAUAAAGCUACUUCUGGGUUUAUCUCCUGGCCCUGUGAUACUUCGCAGCAUCUGUAACCUCAUAACUGCUGCUGGUGGACUAAUGUGCUAUUACGUUUCUUACGAUGCUAUGACCUAUCACCUAGACUGCAAGGCUGACAGAAAGGCAGCUACCAUUUCCAAAGACUAUGCCAGAGGUGGGGUUGAAUUUUACAAUAAAAUCUUGUCCCGCAACAGGAUUCUUCGUGGUCUGAUGGGCAAACAGGGGAUGAAAAUGUAUGCCCCGAGUGGUAACCUUUUCCCAAGGCACUGGUUCAGAAUAAAGUAUACGCCGUACACUUACCGAAGAGAUUUGAUUGUUAAUAUUUUAAGAGAGCUCCAGGCAUAGGAAGGGAGCGCUUGAAUUUUAAACUUGUGAAUUAUGUAUUCUCUUGGAACACUGCUGUGCUGCUUUUUUCUUUUUUCCCCUCUGUAUCUUCAUUAGAAUUUCGAGGUUUAUUUUUGCGUGUAGUUCGGAAGGACUUCUUGCACAUUCUGUGAAUAAAGAAUUCUCUCUUAAAAUAUUAAAGACUCGCUUCAAAAGUG